CAUCCAUGGCCGAGUAGAUUAGAUUCCGGGGACGUUCAACCCAAAACCAACCGUACGCGUCUGGAUGCGACGUCGUCGUCGUCCUCCUCCUCCUCCUUCGCGUGCAUCGUCUCUCGCAUGAGCAGGAUCCUCGCUCCCUCCCUCAGAUCGAAAACGAUCGCUUCACCCUCUCCCUCUUCGAGUCGGCGAAGCAUUCGCAGUCUAGGCAGCCUCUCUCUUUCUAAUUCGAUCUCCUGCGAGUCGCGGUCAGAGUUGUUCGGUUCGCGCUGAGAAGAUGCUUCACAAGAGCUUCAAGCCCGCGAAGUGCAAGACGGCGUUGAAGCUGGCCGCGUCGCGGCUGAAGCUGUUGAAGAAUAAGAAAGAGGUCCAGGUGAAGCAGAUGAAGCGGGAGUUGGCUCAGCUGCUCGAGUCUGGUCAGGACCAGACUGCUAGGAUUCGGGUUGAACAUGUUGUGAGGGAAGAGAAGAUGAUGGCAGCCUUCGAGCUUGUUGAGAUAUACUGUGAACUUAUUGCUGCCCGUUUGCCUAUAAUCGAGUCACAGAAAAACUGCCCAAUUGACUUGAAGGAGGCUAUUUCAAGUGUAGUAUUCGCAUCUCCGAGAUGUGCAGACAUUCCUGAACUCGUAGAUAUCCGCAAGCAUUUUACAGCAAAAUAUGGAAAAGAUUUCAUUUCUGCAGCUGUUGAGUUGCGUCCAGAUUGUGGUGUGAGCCGCACUUUAGUUGAGAAACUCUCUGCCAAAGCACCUGAUGGUCCAACCAAAGUAAAGAUUCUAACCUCAAUUGCCGAAGAACACAACAUCAAAUGGGAUCCUAAUUCAUUUGGGGAUAAAGAUUCGCAUAACUAUGAAGAUUUGUUGAAUGGACCAAGUACUUUUGAGAAGGCCAGUAAACUGCAGACACAAUUUUCAAACUUCCAAGUGCCUGAUCAUGACAGAGAAAGAACUAAUGUGCAAGUAGCACCACAGAAAGUAGUAAAGGAGGAUGCUUCUUUAAACUUGCAUGAGAACAGCAGCAGGUUAUCAUUUGGCCACCAAAAUAUUCCCCCUGGACAUGCUAAUGUUCCUGCCACCUCACAUCCAGAGCCAAAAGCUCCAGGUAAUGUGAUGGAGGGGGCUGAAGCUGGGCAUGCAUAUCCCAGGGAAGGGAAUGUUGACUACAUGGGCGGGCAAAACUGGAAUAUGGAAUUCAAGGAUGCAACCUCUGCUGCUCAAGCUGCUGCAGAAUCUGCUGAACGGGCAAGCAUGGCUGCCAGAGCUGCUGCACAACUUUCUAGCCGCAGGAGGAUUUCUACGCAAUACUCUACAGAGCCACAAAGGUCAUCUGCUCAUGGUCCUAUGGAUGAAUGGGCUGGAAGAUCUGCAGGCUCCAGUUUUCAAAAUGAAGCCCAUGCUAAAGUUGCUGGUGAUAAGGCUUCUGAAGGAAGAAAUGCUCAACCUCACACACCAUAUAAGCACAAUUAUGUUAAAGAGGAGUCCGUUGGAGAAGCAGGUGAGAGCUUUUAUGAAGAUGACCAUAUGAGCAAUAACAGACCUAGCCAGUAUGCUUCCAUGAAGUCUAAUAUGGAGCCCAUGGACAAUAACUCAUUUGCAAAUAGUUAUGAUACAAACAACGAGCGGCCCGAAAGAUACAUCAGCUCUAAAUCGGAGGGUGGAUUCUCUGACAGGGCUCCUGUCAAUGAUACUUUUGAGGCCAGAGUUCCAAGCAUGCACCGCGGUCAACCUGAUGUCCGAGACAAUGACAGGCUUGCAGGGGUCAAUGAAAGAUAUUACAGAGAGAGUCAUAAGAAAAGCAGUGAAUCCAGCCGGUCUAAUUCUAGGAAUUCUAGUGCAGAUUUCAGUGGUGUUGACUCAUUUGUGAAUGAACAUGAAAUGGCAAGCAGAAAUACCCGUAACAGCUCGUCUGGAGCUGAGCCUGGCAAUGUUUUGGAUAAAUCAAGUGUUAUGAGAAACUCUCGACCAGAGACUAGUGGCACUUUAGACGAACCGGGUGAGAGAAGAAACUCUGGUGGAUCUUUAGUGGAGUCUGCUAAUGACUUGGAGGAUGAUUUUAUAUCUGCUAAACACUCUACCCAUGCUUCCUAUUAUUCUCAUUCAUCACGCUCAAGUACUUUUAAUAAUAACCGAGAGGUUUUGCGUAAUCGGAAGGAGGAGGAUGAUGUUGCUGAAAAUCCCUUUGCCGAUUUUGAGGAAGAAAACUUCCAGAAAGAUAAUAAAUCAGCAAUUGAAAGCACUGCAGUAGUUUUUGAUGAUUAUGAUUCAGAUGGCGAUGACUAUGGGUUUGGUUUGGACAAAGGAGCAGAGCCAAGUGUGAAGACCUCACAACCAAGCUGGGAAUCACCUAGCUAUCCAUCAGCAAGUAUCAGUACGCCAAGCCCCAAAAGGACCACAGUUGACACGUUCACAAAGAUUACUCCUCAAUCAAGUUUCUCGAUGGACCAUAACAUUCCCAUCUUUUCUGAGGGUUUAGCUGAUUCUUCAGUUCAUUCACAAGCAGAUGAACUUGAGCCUGUGACCUUCGAUGAGUCAAAUGGGCCAAGUUCAGAAAGUGAAGAGGAUCGGAGUAAUUAUAAGGGAGAGAGAGAAUAUUCCAGUUUUGGAUCUCAGAAAAAGUUUGGAUUUGGUGGUUUACCUUCUAGUUCAGGGAAAUCCUCAUUUAAUUCAAAGCAUGAAGGAUUGGAUACCUCGGAUGAUCCUGUUGAUAAGAAGCACCAGAGCCAGCCCUUCAAUGCUUAUGAAGAUGCUUUGGUUCAUGAUGUCGAGGAAAGUGCUUCCGUAAUUUCAGAACCCGUUACAAUUGAUAAUUCCAAAUCUUCACAUGAAGAUAGUUAUGAUAGUGGUUUGGGUUUGACAUUCGGACGAUUGACUGGUGGUCUGAAAAAUAAAGGUAAUAGGCAUCCUUCGUAUUUGAGGAGCUCGGCUGGUGAUGCUUCGUUAUUUAAACAAACAGCUGAAUACGCUGCAAAGGAAGCCUCCUCUUCUUUUCUGCCUGAUACAUCAGAUGAUUCUGGAGUUCAGCAAGAUCCAGAGAGUGAGGAAGUGGGUUACGAGUUUAAGAAGAGACCAACCAGAGGGCCAGCUUUCACAUCUUUUGGUUCUGGUAGUGAUCAGAUUCCAGAGAAAACCGUUCCACAAGAAAGUUUCAGAAGCCGUCGAGAACGGCAGGUUCAGAAGUUGGAGCAGGAAGCAGAAGAUUCAUUUACGAGAAGAGAAAGCACAAGGCCGGUGAUCCCAUCUCUCGGUCCUUCUGGUGUUUAUGCUUCAGAAAGGACUACCCAAGGCCAAAUUUCGGACAGCCAUCCGGAAUUUUACUCUCAGCAGGAGCCUGAAGCGGAUGAAAGAUCAAGUUCCAGAGGUUCAAGUGCAUCUUUUGAUUUAAGAGAAGAACAGCGUGGUUCAAGAACCCGCCGGGAACGUUAUAUUGAGAAGAUGCAGCAGGACGUGGAUGACAACUUGACAAGAAGAGCAAGCACGAGGCCAAUGAUCCCGUCUCUGGGCUCUGAUGAUGGCAUAUAUGCUUCAGAGGGAACUGGGAAAGAACAUAUUUACAACAGCGGUCCUGAACCUUAUAGUCAGGAGGAGUCCGAAGCGAAUAAAAGAUCAGGUUCCACUGGUUCAUCCACAACCAGUGGAGAACGCAUUGGUGCUGGGCUUUCUAGAAGGACAAAGGCUGGUGCUCCAAGUACUCACAGAAAUACCAACUUGAAGUCAGCUUUUGCCUCUGACGAAUCCAAAGAACGUAGUGCAGAUUCAAGAUCCUCUCUUAGGAGCUCUUAUCCAACUGAAACUUCAACAAGGCCUCAGUCUGCGGCUGAUGAAGCCUAUAGUUUGAGAAGUUCUGGACAUUCGAGGUACGGUAAGGAAGCAAAGGGCGAGCCCAUUUCAGAAACCAAAAGAUCAUCUCGUGAGGAGAGCUCAAAGUCUUCUGCAAAGGUACAACCUUCAUCUUCAAUUUCAAAGAGAACUUCAUCCAGUAAGUCAGGUAUGAGUGAAGAUGGUCCAAAGUCUACUGCGAGAGAGCAACCCUCGUUACCCAUUCAAAAGAAGGUUUCAUCUGCUAAUUCAGAGACGAGGGAAAGUUCUAAGGCAGCAACUCCUGGCUUGGAGUCUACAUCUAGGGAGGAUUCCUUGAAACGAGCAAGUCACGUUCAUCCUAAGCUUCCUGACUAUGAUACUUUUGCUGCCACUCUACAAUCACUUCGAGCUAAUCGACAGUAACUCUUUUGGUCUUUCUUUGUGGAUAUAAUACGUUCAUGUCGUUCAUUUUUGGGCGUGGUUUUGAUGUUAUUAUUUUCGGAGGGAGGAAUAAACUUGGAUUAUUAUGUGUUUGUGCAGUAGUAGUCCGUCUUUGUGGGCUGAGUUGGGAUAUUGAGCUAUUCUUUUAUUUAAUGACUUGAUAAGUUGAAGCAUAAUUGUCACUUCUUCAUUGAA